UGCAGCGCGGCCCAGGCGGGGUGCGAGUGGCGCAGUCGGAGCCCGCUGCGGCCCCUGAGGAAGCGAGGAGCGGCAGCGUCGGGUGAGGAGCGGUGGUGCCCCCCGGGCACAGGGCCAUGUACAACGGGAUCGGGCUGCCGACGCCCCGGGGCAGCGGCACCAACGGCUACGUCCAGCGCAACCUGUCCCUGGUGCGGGGCCGCCGGGGUGAGCGGCCUGACUACAAGGGAGAGGAGGAGCUGCGGCGCCUGGAGGCUGCCCUGGUGAAGCGGCCUAACCCUGACAUCCUGGACCACGAGCGCAAGCGGCGCGUGGAGCUGCGAUGCCUCGAGCUGGAGGAGAUGAUGGAAGAGCAGGGGUACGAGGAACAACAAAUUCAGGAAAAAGUGGCGACCUUUCGACUCAUGUUGCUGGAGAAGGAUGUGAACCCUGGGGGCAAGGAGGAGACCCCAGGGCAGAGGCCAACGGUAACUGAGACUCACCAGUUGGCAGAAUUGAAUGAGAAGAAGAAUGAGCGACUCCGUGCUGCCUUUGGCAUCAGUGACUCUUACGUGGAUGGCAGCUCUUUCGAUCCUCAGCGUCGAGCCCGGGAGGCUAAACAGGCUGCUGAGCCUCCCAAGCCUUACAGCCUUGUCCGGGAGUCCAGCAGUUCUCGCUCCCCGACUCCAAAGCAGAAGAAGAAGAAGAAGAAGAAAGAUCGAGGACGCAGGUCAGAGAGCAGCUCUCCUCGUCGGGAGCGAAAGAAGAGCUCCAAGAAGAAGAAGCACAGAUCAGAAUCUGAGUCAAAGAAACGGAAGCAUAGAUCUCCUACUCCGAAGAGCAAACGUAAAUCUAAGGACAAGAAGCGCAAGCGGUCUAGAAGUACAACACCUGCUCCUAAGAGCCGCCGGACCCACCGAUCAACCUCUGCCGAUUCUGCUUCUUCCUCCGACACUUCUCGCAGCCGGUCUCGGAGUGGUGCAGCUAAAACCCAUGCAACUGCCAUGACUGGGCGAAGUCCUUCCCCUGCUUCAGGGCGUCAAGGGGAGGGAGACGCUCCUCCCGGUGAGCCAGGUGCCACCAGCGUGCAGCAGCCUGGCAGCCCGGAGCCCUCCACCAAGCAGCCCAGCAGCCCUUCGGAGGACAAAGACAAGGAGGAGAAAUCUGCAGCGCAACCUAGCCCUUCUCCGGAAAGGAGCAGUGCAGGCCCAGCACCACCUGAGCCCCCUCCACUCCUUGCUAUGCAGCAUGGCAGCUCCCCACAGCCUCUUGCAACAACCCCUUUAAGUCAGGAGCCAGUGAAUCCUCCAUCUGAGGCCUCCCCAACCCGGGGCCGUUCACCACCUAAGUCUCCUGAGAAGCCUGCCCCAUCUUCCUCAGAGAGCUCACCACCAUCCCCUCAAGCUACCAAAGUGUCUCGGCAUGCCAGCUCAUCCCCUGACAGUCCUAAGCCCACUCCAGCUCCUGGGGCCCGCCGGGGGGCUUCUUCUUCUCCCACAUCCAAGAAUCGCUCACAUGGCAGAGCAAAGCGGGAGAAGUCACGUUCCCCUACGCCUUCACGUAGAGGGGGGAGGUCCCGUAGCCCAGCUACUGCCAAAAGGGGGCGAUCUCGGUCCCGGUCCCCUCAGUGGCGCAGGUCCCGAUCAGCACAGAGGUGGGGAAGGUCACGAAGUCCCCAGCGGCGUGGCCGCUCUAGGUCUCCUCAGAGGCCAGGCUGGUCCAGGAGCAGAAAUACCCAGAGGAGAGGCAGGUCUAGGUCCACGAGGCGAGGCAGGUCACAUUCUAGAUCCCCAGCCACUAGAGGCAGAUCUCGCUCUAGAACACCAGCCAGGCGGGGCAGGUCUCGCUCUAGAACACCCGCCAGGCGUCGGUCCAGGUCCAGAACACCCGCCAGGCGUCGGUCCAGGUCCAGAACACCCGUCCGCAGGGGCAGGUCUCGCUCUAGAACGCCUGCCAGGCGUCGAUCUAGAACCCGGUCUCCUGUGCGGCGGAGAUCUCGUAGUAGAUCUCCAGCACGGAGAAGUGCCCGGUCACGCUCUAGAACCCCAGCCAGGCGUGCCCGGUCACGCUCUAGAACCCCAGCCAGGCGUGGUGGGCGAUCACGUUCCAGAAGCCCAGCUAGGCGCGGCCGCUCACGUUCUAGAACCCCAGCCAGGAGAGGGCGGUCUCGAUCUAGAACACCAGCAAGGCGAGGAAGGUCCCGGAGCAGAAGUGUAGCUAGACGUGGGAGAUCCCACUCUCGAACACCCCAAAGAAGGGGACGGUCUGGCUCAUCCUCAGAGAGGAAGAACAAAUCCAGAACAUCUCAGAGGAGCAGAUCCAACUCAAGCUCAGAAAUGAAGAAAUCUCACAUUUCCUCAAGGCGUAGCAGGUCUGUCUCUUCACCUCGAUCCAAAGCCAAAUCUCGCUUGUCUUUGAGGCGAAGCCUUUCAGGGUCUUCUUUGUGCCCUAAGCAAAAGUCGCAGACACCACCCAGGCGCAGCCGCUCUGGAUCAUCCCAACCUAAAGCAAAAUCUAAAACACCAACAAGACGAAGUCGCUCUGGUUCUUCACCACCACCUAAGCAGAAGUCUAAGACUCCGUCGCGACAGAGUCAGUCUAGCUUAUCUCCUCGGCCUAAGGGGAAGUCAGGAACACCACAAGGGUCUGGAGCAAGUCCCCAGGGCAGCGAACAGUCUACCACACCACCAAGACGGAGCCAGUCCGAGUCAUCGCCUGAUGCUGAGGGGAAAUCUGGGACCCCACCGAGACUGAGCUGCUCUGGGGCUUCUCCUCAGCUCAAGUCUAGCACACCUCCAAGGCAGACUCCAUCUAGGUCUGCAUCUCCUCAGCCACGAGGAAAGGCUGUGUCAGCUGUGUCCUCACCACGGCAGAGAAGCCUCUCUGGCUCCUCCUCUCCAAGUCCUAGUAGGGUGUCAUCUAGAACGCCUCCAAGGCAAGGCAGAUCCGUGUCUCCGUGCACCAAGGGGGGGUUGAGGUUGUUGCCAGGACACAGCCGUUCUAGGUCCACCUCACCGGAUGCCAAAGCAAAACCUGGAACUCCAAGACAUACUCGCUCAAGGUCUACUUCUCCAUGCCUCCAGGUCAAGUCCGAAACUCCAUCAGGGCAGCGUCUUGUUGGGUCAGAGUCACCAGAACCCCAGGAGAAGCCUGAGGACACAGCAGCAGCAGCACAGAGUCGCUCUGUGAAAUCUAGCUCCCCACCAGCAGAGAGCGAUUUGGACUCCUCUCUGCAACAGAAAGUUCAGUCUCCCAGAUCCGACACUUCAAGUCCGGAAGUCCAGAGGCACUUGCAGUCUUCGUCUCUGCUGGGCAAAUCUCAAACACCACCUAAAGGUUGCCGAUCGAGGUCGUCAUCUCCAGUCGGUGAGGUGGCCUCAAGAUCUCCAGUGAGUGAUGGAGGUGAAUUGUUAAGUCCUAGGCUGAAAUCAGGGAUGCCUCCUGAACAGGGCGGGUCCCAGUCUAACUCCUGCUCCUAUCCUGCGAGCCAAAAGUCUUUUCUGGGACACAGUAGAUCAGAACCUUUUUCUGAAUCGAAAGAGACAUCAGCCUUCCCCAUUCAAGAGGAUAUGACUGCGUCAUCUCCUAGGUCAAGAGGCAGAUUUAGUCCUCUGGUGCCAGAGAAAUUGGAGGCCUCACCUAUACUAAAAGAGACACCAAGGAGUGGCACUGGGUCACCUGCAGAUACAAAAGACCAAACUAGCAUAUCAGUGAAGGUAAACCAAGAUGAGUUCAUGGAAGUGACAGAGAAAUCUGAACAGCCCACUAGCCAGGUUCUGCCCCGGGUGUCUCCGGAGCGGAAUGAAGUGGCUGCAGGUAGCUUGGGAUUGUCUCCCAAGGUAGAAGAAAGGCCUGUGUCCUUUGACCACAGCCAGUCACAAGCUUCUUUGGAAACAGUAGAAAUUCCUGCAGUGGCCGCGUCCUGGGGUGGAGCACAGUUUUCUCCAGAACAUAAAGAAGUGUCUAGCUCACCUGGCAGGGAAAAUAGCUUUGGAUCACCUUUAGAAUUUAGAAAUUCAGGCCCGGUUACAGAAGUAAGCAGUGGAUUUUCUCCUGAUGUUAAGGAAGAUUUGAGUGGACCUUUCAUUCCUCAGCACGAGACAGACACGACUCUAGAUGUGAAGGAACAGUCAACAAGGUCCUCCAGACGCAGCAGCUCUGAGCUAUCCCCAGACGUCCUGGAGAAGGCAGGAAUGUCUCCUAACCGCAGUGUCUCUUCACCUGUUCAUGAUGCUGUAGCUAGAACACCCUCGAGAGAAAGGGGCAGUUCAGCGUCCUCUCCUGAGCCAAAGGAGGGCUUGCCCAGGACUCCAUCACGGAGAAGCAGGUCUGGGUCUUCUCCGGGGCUCAGAGAAGGGUCAGGGACGCCUUCGAGACACAGCCUGUCUGGCUCCUCCCCUGGCACAAAGGAAGCACCUAGGACACCAUCCAGGGGGAGGAGUGAAUGCGACUCUUCACCAGAACCGAAAGUUUUGCCUCAGACUCCAACAGCAAGGAGUCGUUCUCCAUCAUCUCCAGAGCUCAACAACAAGUGUCGAACCCCGCAGAGGGAGCGAAGUGGAUCGGAGUCCUCCACUGAACAGAAAGCAGUGGCCAGAACUCCCCUUGGACAGAGAAGUCGGUCUGGAUCUUCUCAAGAACUUGAUGGGAAGCCCAGCACAUCCCCACAGGAAAGAAGUGAGUCAGAAUCUUCCCCGGAUUCGAAGGCCGAACCCAGAGCCCCACUGAGGCAGAGGAGUCGCUCGGGGUCCUCUCCAGAGGUUGAGGAGAAGGCCCGGCCUUCACGGCGCAGUAGAUCAGCUUCCUCCCCUGAGGUGAAGGAUGUGGCUAGAGUGGCAGCCAGAGCACAGAGUGCUUCUGAUUCUUCUCCGGAACCCCAGGCUCCCGUCCCCCGGGCUCUUCCCAGACGGAGCAGAUCGGCCUCCUCGGGCAAGGACAGAGGCCCUUCCCCUGAAGGCAGCAGCAGUUCCGAGUCUUCUCCAGAGCACCCCCCCAAGACAAGAGCCACUCGAAGAGGCUCCAGGUCCUCGCCGGAACCGACCAAGACCAAAUCGCGCACACCACCCCGGCGGCGUGGUUCCCGGUCACCUGAGCUCACUAGGAAGGCCCGACCCUCCCGCAGGAGCCGCUCUGCCUCUUCCUCGCCAGAAACCCGAUCCAGAACACCAAGGCGCCGGCGAAGCCCCUCAGUGUCUUCCCCAGAGCCAACUGAGAAAUCGAGAUCACGCCGGCGGCGUUCGGCCUCAUCUCCCCGUACCAAGACAACGUCAAGGAGAGGCCGUUCUCCCUCUCCCAAGCCUCGCGGGCUGCAGAGGUCCCGCUCUCGCUCCAGGAGGGAGAAAACGAGAACAGCCCGACGUCGGGAGCGCUCUGGAUCUUCCCAGUCAACCUCUCGGAGAAGACAGCGGAGCCGGUCAAGGUCUCGGGUUACUCGGCGGCGGCGGGGAGGCUCUGGUUACCACUCAAGGUCACCUGCCAGGCAAGAGAGUUCCCGAACCUCCUCUCGACGCCGAAGGGGUCGUUCUCGGACACCCCCAACUAGCCGGAAGCGUUCUCGCUCACGCACGUCGCCAGCCUUGUGGAAGCGCUCCCGAUCACGGGCCUCUCCAGCUGCUCACCGCCGGUCCCGGUCCAGAACACCCCUGAUCAGCCGCCGGAGGUCCAGGUCUCGGACCUCGCCAGUUAGUCGGAGACGGUCAAGGUCCAGAACAUCGGUGACGCGACGGAGGUCUCGGUCAAGAGCGUCCCCAGUGAGUCGAAGGCGGUCAAGAUCCAGAACGCCACCUGUUACUCGCCGCCGUUCCAGGUCCAGGACCCCAACAACUCGCCGUCGCUCCAGGUCCAGAACUCCACCUGUGACUCGCAGGAGAUCCAGAUCAAGAACUCCGCCAGUGACCAGGAGGCGAUCUCGCAGCAGAGCUUCGCCUGUUACUCGCAGAAGAUCAAGAUCCAGAACCUCUCCGGUGGCUCGAAGGAGGUCUCGCUCUCGGACCUCUCCAGUGACCCGCCGCCGCUCGAGGUCUCGUUCACCUCCAGCCAUUCGACGCCGCUCUAGAUCUCGCACGCCACUGUUGCCACGCAAACGCUCCCGCAGUCGCUCACCACUUGCCAUCCGUCGCCGCUCCAGAUCCCGUACUCCAAGAACAACUCGAGGCAAGCGGUCCUUAACAAGAUCUCCUCCUGCUAUUCGCAGGCGGUCUGCCUCUGGAAGCAGUUCUGACCGCUCACGUUCUGCUACUCCUCCGGCAACGCGAAAUCACUCUGGGUCUCGGACACCUCCAGUAGCGCUCAGUGGUUCCAGAAUGAGCUGCUUCAGUCGCCCUAGCAUGUCACCAACACCUCUUGACCGAUGCAGAUCACCUGGAAUGCUUGAACCCCUCGGCAGUUCUCGGACGCCCAUGUCUGUCCUGCAACAGGCUGGCGGCUCCAUGAUGGACGGUCCAGGACCACGGAUACCUGAUCACCCAAGAGCUUCUGUCCCAGAAAAUCAUGCCCAGUCCAGAAUCGCGCUUGCCCUGACGGCCAUCAGUCUUGGCACUGCCCGACCUCCUCCGUCCAUGUCUGCUGCUGGCCUUGCUGCAAGAAUGUCUCAGGUUCCAGCUCCGGUGCCUCUCAUGAGUCUCAGAACGGCCCCAGCUGCCAGCCUUGCUAGCAGGAUUCCUGCAGCCUCUGCAGCAGCCAUGAACCUGGCCAGUGCCCGGACACCGGCCAUGUCAGCAGCAGUGAACAUGGCUGACGCACGGACCCCCGCCGCAGCAGCAGCCAUGAACUUAGCCAGCCCUAGAACAGCAGUGGCACCUCCUGCUGGGAACCUUGCCGACCCUCGCAGCCCUGCAGCCUCAGCUGUGAACCUAGCAGGAGCCAGAACUGCCGCUGCCUUGGCAGCUUUGAGUCUCACAGGCUCUGGCACACCCCCAACUGCUGCAAAUUAUCCCUCCAGCUCCAGGACACCCCAGGCUCCAGCCCCUGCAAAUUUGGUGGGUGCCCGGUCUGCGCAUGGCGCAGCGCCUGUGAAUAUUGCCAGCUCCAGAAGCCCUGCAGCCUUAGCCCCGGCAAGUCUCGGUGGCGCUCGGCUGACACCAGCGUUGUCCGGUGCAAACCUCACCAGCCCCAGGGGGCACCUCUCUGCCUAUGAGCGUGUCAGUGGCCGCUCCUCGCCACAGCUCCUUGACAGAGCUAGGUCCAGAACACCACCACCUGUCCCUAGCCAGUCUAGAAUGACCUCAGAGCGGGCUCCCUCUCCUGGCUCGAGAAUGGUCCAGGCUCCUGCUCAGCCUCUUCUCCCUCCAGCACAGGAUAGGCCUAGGUCCCCUGUGCCCUCAGCUUUCUCAGAUCAGUCUCGUGUGGUCUCCCAGACCAGCACUGUAGUCAGCUCUCAGGCCCUUUCCUCGGGGACAGGGCUGAAAACCAUGUCUGCUGCUGACCACAAUGGCAUGCUCUCUGGCCCUGCCCCUGGGGUAGCACACCCCGAGGGUGGGGAGUCACCUGUCCCUACCGUGGCCCAGCAGUCUGCUCUGGCUGCCCUGCAGCCAGCCAAGGAGCGCAGGAGCUCGUCCUCGUCAUCCUCCUCCAGCUCCUCCUCGUCGUCCUCCUCUUCGUCGUCGUCCUCAUCAUCAUCUGGCUCCAGUUCUAGCGACUCGGAGGGCUCCAGCCUUCCUCCUCAGCCUGAGGUGGCACUAAAGAGGGUCCCAAGCCCUGCCCCAGCCCCCAAGGAGGCUGUGCGAGAGGGACGGCCCCCGGAGCCCACCCCAGCCAAACGGAAGAGGCGUUCCAGCAGCUCCAGUUCUAGCUCCUCUUCCUCCUCCUCCUCCUCCUCCUCCUCCUCGUCUUCCUCCUCCUCCUCCUCCUCGUCUUCCUCCUCUUCCUCUUCCUCUUCCUCCUCCUCCUCCUCUUCCUCCCCUGCUAAGCCUGGCCCUCAGGCCUUGCCCAAACCUGCAAGCCCCAAGAAGCCACCCCCUGGCGAGCGCAGGAUUUGGGGCACUUGUCUCCCCUACCUGCUUUGCUGUACCCUGAUCUGGCACAUGGCUGCAGGAUCAGAGUACAUCCUCCAGCCAGAACAAGGGGCCUCUGAAGUCUCUUCCCUGCCCUCACCAUGCAGCCUGCUCCCAGGGAUUGUAGUUUUAAGUCUCCCCAUUGCUACUGCCAGGGCUCUGGUCUGGCCACCGUCAUCUUCUCCCGACUCUGUCCACAGCCUCCUCCCUGUCUCCCUGCCUCCACGCCAUUCUCUUCCACAUGUAGCCAGAGGGAUGUUUCUAAAACGCACAUCUGGUUACUUCCCUCCACGCCACAAAUCCUUCCGGGACGCCCUGUGGCCUGCAGGACAAAGCCCCGUCUCUGCAGGAAUGGCGUGUGAGGCUCUUCACCACCUGGCCUUGCCCGCGCACUGCGCUCCUCCUGCCCGCCCCCACACAUGCCCUGGGCUCCAGCCACACUCAGCGCCUUGCAGUCUAAGGAGAGCCCCAUACCUUUGGACAUGCUGUUCCUUCUGCCUGGAAUUUCCUUGUCCGCCUGGUGAACUCCUCGUUCUGCAAGACUCCGCUCAAACAGCACCUCCAAGAAGACUGCCCCGCCCUGCCCCGCCCACGUCUCCCUCCCCUGGGCCCCCAGACCUGUGUACAUCCAUGACCCUGGGGCUGCCUCCCACACAUGGGGCCAUGUGGGCCUUACCUGUUGGCCUCCUUCCACCAUCAGACUGAGUUCCUCCAAGUACAGGGACUGUCUUUAUCUUUGCAUCCCCCGCUGUCCCCUGUGGCCUGCCCACUGGGGACACUCAGUGGAUGGUGUGCGGGCGGAUGGGUGAGUGCGGACAAAGGUGGGUCUGAGGCUGGCCCUGUGUGGUGUGAGGUUUGGUGGUCAGGACCUGGGUGGGUGGUCCUGCGUGCUGGCUGGCGGGUUGGGAGGGGUGUGGCGCUAAGGAGGCCACCUCUGCUCCUCAGGUCUCGCAGCCCCCGGAAGCCGAUAGACUCUCUGCGGGACUCACGGUCCCUCAGCUACUCCCCUGUGGAGCGUCACUGUCCCUCACCCCAGCCC